UUUUGGGGGAGGGAGGCGGAGGGGAAAGUUUGUUUAUUUUGUUUUUAGUUUCUGGGGUCCCCGAGCUUCGGGAAGGUGAAGCGAGCGACCGUGAUCCCCCUCGCCUCUCAGCCUCCCCGCGACGUCGCCUCCACAGCUUGCGGAGGAGCGGAGACCGCGGUCACCGCUGGGCUCCACAGCGGAACGCCGCGCACUCGGAGCCGGCGCGGCUCAGCGGGUUUUGGCUUUUUGCAUUGAAUGUAACCAAGACUGAUCGUCUCAGUUGCCCCAGGAUACUGUCAGAGGCAGUGUUUGUGUGUGUCUGCAGAGUUUUACACAGAGUCUGUUCCCAUGCAAACCAAUGAGGGAGAAGUAGAGGAAGAAAGCAGCUCCCAGGUGGAACAGGAGGAUUUUGUAAUGGAAGGGCAUGGCAAGACUCCACCUCCUGGAGAAGAAAGCAAACAAGAGAAGGAGCAAGAAAGGGAAGAACAGUUAAUGGAAGACAAGAAAAGGAAGAAAGAGGAUAAAAAGAAAAAAGAAGCCGCCCAGAAGGUCACGGAACAAAAAACCAAAGUGCCCGAAGUGACGAAACCAAGUUUAAGCCAACCAACGGCCGCCAGCCCAAUUGGCAGCUCUCCAUCGCCACCAGUCAAUGGUGGCAACAAUGCCAAAAGGGUGGCAGUGCCGAACGGACAACCGCCAAGCGCCGCCCGCUACAUGCCUCGGGAGGUGCCACCGCGAUUCCGUUGCCAGCAGGACCAUAAAGUGUUACUAAAACGUGGACAGCCCCCUCCACCGUCCUGCAUGCUCCUCGGGGGUGGGGCGGGGCCUCCUCCCUGCACAGCACCUGGAGCAAACCCCAACAACGCACAAGUGACAGGAGCGCUGCUGCAGAGCGAGAGUGGGACUGCACCAGAGUCAACCCUUGGAGGUGCUGCUGCUUCAAAUUAUGCAAAUUCCACUUGGGGCCCGGGAGCCUCCUCCAACAACGGCGCCUCCCCCAACCCAAUUCACAUCUGGGACAAGGUGAUUGUAGACGGGUCUGACAUGGAAGAGUGGCCUUGUAUUGCCAGCAAAGACACUGAAUCUUCUUCCGAAAACACCACCGAUAACAACAGUGCCUCGAACCCUGGCUCUGAGAAGAGCAGUCUGCCAGGAAGCACCACUAGUAACAAAGGCAAAGGGAGCCAGUGCCAGUCUGCAAGUUCUGGGAAUGAAUGUAAUCUUGGGGUCUGGAAAUCUGACCCCAAGGCUAAGUCUGUUCAACCUCCCAACUCUACUUCAGAUAGCAACAAUGGACUAGGAAACUGGAGGAGUGCGAGUGGUCCAGAUAGAAUUGGACCUGGCUCUGGCUUCAGCAACUUUAACCCAAAUAGCAACCCAUCUGCCUGGCCAGCAUUGGUCCAAGAAGGGACUUCUAGGAAAGGGGCAUUGGAAACAGAAAGUAGUAGUUCCAGUGCACAAGUUAGCACAGUAGGUCAGGCAUCCAGGGAACAGCAGUCAAAGAUGGAAAAUGCGGGUGUUAAUUUUGUUGUCUCUGGCAGAGAACAGGCUCAAAUUCAUAACACUGAUGGACCAAAAAAUGGAAACACUAACUCCUUGAACUUAAGUUCACCAAACCCCAUGGAAAAUAAGGGAAUGCCCUUUGGAAUGGGCUUGGGGAACACCUCCAGGAGCACUGAUGCCCCUUCACAAAGCACUGGAGAUCGAAAGACUGGGAGUGUUGGGUCUUGGGGUGCAGCUAGGGGGCCUUCUGGAACUGACACAGUCUCUGGACAAAGCAAUUCUGGAAAUAAUGGGAACAAUGGAAAAGACAGAGAGGACUCCUGGAAAGGAGCUUCUGUUCCAAAACCAACUGGGUCAAAAAGUGACUCUUGGGACAACAAUAACAGGUCUACGGGUGGGUCCUGGAACUUUGGCCCUCAGGACUCUAAUGACAACAAAUGGGGUGAAGGGAACAAAAUGACAUCUGGGGUCUCUCAGGGAGAAUGGAAACAGCCGACUGGGUCUGAUGAGUUGAAAAUUGGAGAAUGGAGUGGUCCAAACCAACCAAAUUCUAGCACUGGAGCAUGGGACAAUCAAAAGGGCCACCCCCUCCCUGAAAACCAAGGCAAUUCCCAGGCUCCCUGUUGGGGAAGAUCUUCCAGCUCCGCAGGAAGUGAAGUUGGAGGUCAAAGCACUGGAAGCAACCACAAAGCAGGAAGUAGCGACAGUCAUAAUUCUGGUCGUCGGUCAUACAGGCCCACGCAUCCUGACUGCCAGGCUGUCUUGCAGACUCUUUUGAGCCGGACUGAUUUGGACCCUAGGGUGCUCUCAAACACUGGCUGGGGCCAAACUCAAAUUAAGCAGGACACAGUGUGGGAUAUUGAAGAGGUGCCAAGGCCUGAGGGGAAAUCUGACAAAGGAACUGAGGGGUGGGAGAGCUCUGCCACACAGACCAAGAACUCAGGGGGCUGGGGAGAUGCACCCAGCCAAAGCAAUCAAAUGAAGUCUGGAUGGGGUGAGCUCUCAGCCUCGACAGAGUGGAAAGACCCCAAGAGCGCAGGAGGCUGGAAUGACUAUAAGAACAACAACUCUUCUAACUGGGGAGGAGGCCGAGCGGAUGAAAAGACACCUUCCUCUUGGAAUGAGAGUUCUUGUAAGGAACAGGGGUGGGGAGGUGGGCGCCAGCCCAACCAAGGAUGGACUUCUGGGAAGAAUGGUUGGGGCGAGGAGGUGGAUCAAGUGAAGAAUAACAAUUGGGAAAGUUCUGCCAAUAAGCCUGUGUCUGGGUGGGGUGAAGGAGGACAGAAUGAAAUUGGAACUUGGGGUAAUGGUGGGAAUACAAACCUAGCUUCAAAAGGUGGGUGGGAAGAUUGCAAAAGAUCCCCUGCGUGGAAUGAAACAGGCAGACAACCCAAUUCCUGGAAUAAACAACACCAACAGCAGCAGCAGCCACCGCCACCACAGCCAGAGGCUUCUGGUUCAUGGGGAGGCCCACCCCCGCCACCUCAAGGCAAUGUUCGACCUUCUAAUUCCAACUGGAGCAGUGGACCCCAGCCUGCAACCCCUAAGGAUGAUGAACCCAGUGGUUGGGAGGAGCCAUCCCCACAGUCAAUUAGUCGGAAAAUGGACAUUGAUGAUGGCACUUCAGCUUGGGGAGACCCUAACAGUUAUAACUACAAGAAUGUGAACCUUUGGGAUAAGAAUUCUCAAGGGGGCCCAGCACCUCGAGAACCAAACCUGCCUACCCCGAUGACCGGAAAAUCAGCAUCAGUCUGGAGCAAAAGCGCACCACCCGCUCCAGACAAUGGGACAUCAGCCUGGGGUGAGCCAAAUGAAAGCAGUCCUGGGUGGGGUGAGAUGGAGGAUGCAGGAGCAUCAACCACAGGCUGGGGAAGCACACCUGCCAGCGCUCCCAAUGCCAUGAAACCCAAUUCCAAAUCUAUGCAAGAUGGCUGGGGGGAGAGUGACGGACCAGUCACAGGAGCUCGCCAUCCUAGCUGGGAAGAGGAGGAUGACGGAGGAGUCUGGAACACCGCCGGCUCUCAGGGAAGCACUUCCUCCCACAACUCAGCAAGCUGGGGACAAGGAGGAAAGAAACAAAUGAAGUGCUCACUAAAAGGAGGAAACAAUGAUUCAUGGAUGAAUCCUCUUGCCAAACAGUUUUCAAAUAUGGGAUUGCUGAGUCAAACUGAGGAUAACCCAAGCAGCAAAAUGGAUUUGUCUGUAGAUAAGAAAUUUGAUGUGGACAAGAGAACAAUGAAUCUCGGGGAUUUUAAUGAUAUCAUGAGGAAGGAUCGACCUGGGUUCCGUCCACCUAAUUCCAAAGACUUGGGAACCACAGACAGUGGGCCUUAUUUUGAGAAGCUGACUUUGCCUUUCUCCAAUCAAGAUGGGUGCCUUGGGGAUGAGGCUCCCUGCUCUCCCUUCUCCCCUUCUCCCAGCUACAAGCUGUCUCCCUCUGGUUCCACACUACCCAACGUCAGCCUUGGAGCAAUCGGCACAGGGCCCAACCCCCAAAACUUCGCUGCUAGACAAGGCGGCAGUCACGGCUUGUUUGGAAACAGCACAGCACAAUCGCGAGGCCUGCACACUCCAGUGCAGCCUCUGAGUUCUUCUCCUGGUCUCCGGGCGCAAGUGCCUCCCCAGUUUAUCUCCCCCCAGGUUUCUGCCUCAAUGCUCAAGCAGUUCCCCAACAGUGGCCUGAAUCCAGGUCUCUUUAAUGUGGGGCCCCAGUUAUCUCCUCAACAAAUUGCCAUGCUGAGCCAGCUUCCACAGAUUCCCCAGUUUCAGUUGGCAUGUCAGCUUCUCCUGCAGCAGCAGCAGCAACAGCAGCAGUUGCUACAGAACCAGAGAAAGAUUUCUCAAGCAGUGCGCCAGCAGCAAGAACAGCAGCUGGCAAGAAUGGUGAGUGCUCUCCAGCAGCAGCAACAACAGCAGCAGCAGCAGCAGAGGCAGCCUAGCAUGAAGCAUUCACCUUCUCAUCCUGUUGGGCCUAAGCCACAUUUGGACAACAUGGUACCCAAUGCGCUGAAUGUGGGGCUCCCAGACCUUCCAGCCAAAGGGCCAAUCCCUGGAUAUGGUUCUGGCUUCAGCUCUGGUGGCAUGGACUAUGGUAUGGUUGGUGGCAAGGAGGCUGGGACCGAGUCUCGAUUCAAACAGUGGACCUCGAUGAUGGAAGGGCUGCCAUCUGUGGCCACACAAGAAGCCACCAUGCACAAAAACGGCGCUAUAGUGGCCCCUGGUAAGACCCGAGGAGGUUCACCGUACAACCAGUUUGAUAUAAUCCCAGGUGACACACUGGGUGGCCAUACGGGUCCUGCUGGUGAUAGCUGGUUACCUGCCAAAUCUCCACCGACUAAUAAAAUCGGAAGUAAAUCCAGCAAUGCCAGUUGGCCUCCAGAAUUCCAACCAGGAGUGCCAUGGAAAGGUAUCCAAAAUAUUGACCCUGAAUCUGACCCCUAUGUCACCCCAGGAAGUGUGCUAGGGGGUACAACCACAUCUCCCAUUGUAGAUACUGACCACCAACUGCUGCGGGAUAACACCACAGGGUCUAAUUCUUCCCUCAACACCUCGCUGCCUUCACCUGGUGCCUGGCCCUACAGUGCCUCUGACAACUCCUUUACCAACGUUCAUAGCACUUCAGCAAAGUUCCCUGAUUAUAAAUCCACGUGGUCCCCAGAUCCCAUAGGACACAACCCCACUCAUCUCUCCAAUAAGAUGUGGAAAAAUCACAUCUCCUCCAGGAACACUACACCGCUGCCCCGCCCACCUCCUGGCCUAACCAACCCCAAACCGGCAUCUCCUUGGAGCAGCACAGCACCACGAUCGGUCAGGGGGUGGGGGACACAGGACUCCCGGAUUGCCUCGGCCUCUACCUGGAGUGAUGGUGGCUCUGUUCGUCCUAGUUACUGGCUGGUUCUUCACAAUCUCACUCCACAGAUUGAUGGGUCAACCUUGAGAACGAUCUGCAUGCAGCAUGGCCCACUGCUGACAUUCCAUCUGAAUCUAACCCAGGGCACUGCCCUGAUCCGAUACAGCACCAAACAAGAGGCAGCCAAGGCCCAGACUGCACUGCACAUGUGUGUGUUGGGAAACACUACCAUCCUGGCCGAGUUUGCCACGGAGGAUGAAGUCAGCCGCUUUCUGGCUCAAGCUCAGCCCCCUACACCUGCAGCAACCCCGAGUGCACCUGCCACAGGGUGGCAGUCACUGGAGACCAGCCAGAACCAAGCAGACCCCGUUGGACCUGCGCUGAACCUUUUCGGUGGGUCCACCGGGCUCGGGCAGUGGAGCAGCAGCGCUGGUGGCAGCAGUGGGGCCGAUCUUGCCGGCACUUCCUUGUGGGGCCCCCCAAACUAUUCUUCUAGCUUGUGGGGAGUCCCGACGGUGGAAGAUCCCCAUAGGAUGGGCAGCCCUGCUCCUUUACUACCUGGUGACCUUCUGGGAGGAGGGUCGGAUUCAAUCUGAACUUAGAACUUUCAACUCUGACCUCGUGACCUUUUUUGGAACAGCAGCAGCACUAACUUGACCUUUUCGUUUUUUUUUUCAACUUGCAAUAAAUACAUUUUUAAAAGGAAAAAAGAAAACGGAGAGAGAAAAAAGGUGGGUCAUUGACAGACUGUCUGAGCACAUAGUUGCCUCCCUUAAAACUUCAGUUUUUUCGUUUGGAAUAUGAAUCCAAAAAGAGAACAUAUCACUCUUGAAAUACUUGAAUCAUGAACGCCAACCUAGAAAGACAAUGUGAAGCAAGUACACAUACCAUUUAAAUUUAAACACAAAAAAAUUAAAAAAAUUAGUUUCUAGUUUUUCACUUUUUUCAUGUUAUAUGGAAGUUGUUGCUAAGAAACAUAUAUACUGAAAAAAUAGCUUUUUAACUUUGUUUGCACUGGGUGUGUUUCCGUCCUUAGGUCUACCAUGUUUGGGUGGGAGGGAAAUUCAAAAGAAUUGUUGGGGGUGGGGGGAGGGAAGACUUGACGGAGCCUCACUUUAAAAACAAAAACAAAAAAA